AUGUGCCAGUUCUUUGCUAAUCCUGUGAAAUACAUGAGAGAAGCAACCCCCUAUGUGAAGAAAGGCUCCCCUGUUUCAGAAAUUGGGUGGGAGACACCUCCCCCCGAAUCUCCCCGCUUGGGUUGUGCCCCUGCUGACCCACUGUCGCAGCUUUCGCUCUCCAUCCACAGAGACAAGAAGACAAUACCCCUCAAGAUGUGCUACGUGACACGCAACAUGACGGUGUCAGACCCUGAAAACAGACUUAUUGAAGUUCAUUCACCUGAUGCCAAGCACACCGUGGUGCUCAGGAGUAAGGAUUCAGCUACAGCCCAGGCCUGGUUCAAUGCCAUCCAUUCCAGUGUCAAUGAGCUCAUCCCCAGGGUGAUUGCAGAGGUCAGAGACCAGCUGGGUAAAACAGGGAUUGCUGGAAGUCGAGAAAUUAGGCAUCUAGGCUGGCUUGCAGAAAAGGUACCGGGAGACAACGAGAAGCAGUGGAAGCCAGUGUUAGUGGUCUUGACAGAGAAAGACCUCUUAAUGUAUGAGAGCAUGCCACGGAUGAAGGAAGCUUGGUUCAGUCCUCUGCAUACCUACCCCCUGCUGGCCACCAGGCUGGUCCAUUCUGGCCCAGGAAAAGGCUCACCACAGUCCGGAGUGGAUUUGUCCUUCGCAACCCGUACGGGCACACGGCAGGGGAUUGAAACCCAUCUGUUCAGGACGGAGACCAGCCGGGACCUCUCAGUGUGGACGAGGAACAUAGUGCAGGGCUGCCACAAUUCUGCAGAGCUCAUCACAGAAAUCACCACAUCUUGCACAUACAAGAGCCAGGAGUGUCGUUUGACCAUCCAUUAUGAACAUGGAUUCUCUCUUACAAGUGAGCCACAAGAUGGUGCCUUCUCCAAGACAAUUGCACAAUAUCCCUACGAAAAACUGAAAAUGUCCUCAGAUGAUGGGAUUAGGAUGCUUUAUUUAGACUUUGGAGGAAAGGAUGGAGAAAUUCAACUGGACCUUCAUUCCUGUCCAAAACCAAUUGUGUUCAUCAUUCAUUCCUUCCUGUCAGCAAAGAUUACAAGACUUGGCUUGGUGGCCUAAGUGGGAUCCAUCUCUUUCUUC